AUGCACGGCGAGUAUGAUCGUUUGGCUACGAUUCAUUCGCAGUUUUCCGGCAGUGGUGGUGCACAUUCGGGACCUGCAUUUUUGCCAUGGCAUCGAGAAUAUAUGAAAAGAGUUGAGAUUGCAAUUCGUCAAGUUGAUCCUGAGCUUGCUUUACCAUAUUGGGAUUCCACAUUGGAAGAGAAUAUGCCCAACUCGAGAUAUUCAAUACUUUGGACUAACGAGUUUAUGGGAGAAAGUGCUGCGGGAAGCGUAAAUGGUGGACCAUUCAGAGAAUGGAGGACUUUAGAGAGCCGUGUCAGCGCCGUGCUAGACCGUGCCAGAGUCGCUGCCUGA